AUGUCACCCCCGAGGUCCAAGCGGAACAGCGGCAAUGCCAUCACCACCAUCGACAAGCUCGACUACCCGCCCAACUCGCCCCGUCGCCCGCUGCUCGCCCCCGACGACGACACCGAAUCCCAGCGCCGCAGCAACGACACGAGUUACGCCGGCAGCUUCUUCGAGCAGGUGGCCGAAGGCAUCUACGAGCAGGACCGCGUCAAGAUGCAGCGCGCCGUGCUACGAUGGCUGAGCUUCGUCUGGGCCAUCGUCAUCUGCCUCUGCGCUGGUAGCAUCACCGCCUUCUCCCUCUACGGCCACUUGUUCCAGUCCAAGCUGCACUACACCCAGGUCCAGGUCAACAUCGUCUCCAUCGGCGCCGAGCUCGGCCUCUACCUGCUCGUCCCCAUCUUCGGAUACCUCUGCGACCGUCUGGGCCCUGGCGUGCCUGCCGGUAUCGCUGGCCUUCUCUUCGGCUCGGGAUAUCUGCUGGCAGCCUUCGCCUUCAAGAGCGGCCCUCCGCCAUCUGCAGGCGGUCAUGGCUGGCCCUUCGGCGUCAUGGUGCUGGCCUUCGCCUUCGUCGGCAUGGGCACCAGCUGCAUGUACCUGUCUGCAGUAACAACAUGCGCGAAGAACUUUGGACGCGGAAACGCCAAGGGUGUGGCUCUGGCAGUGCCCAUCGCAGCCUUUGGACUCAGCGGCAUGUGGCAAAGUCAGGUUGGAAGCCGGCUGCUGUACGUGAGGAACCCGGAUGGCACCAAAGGCGACGUCGACGUGUACCGCUUCUUCCUCUUCCUCGGCAUACUCCUCCUCUGCGUGGGCGCCGUCGGCUUCUUCGCGCUGCGCAUCAUGGACGAAGAAGAGAUGAUCGACGAGGCAGUAGACGAGCUCGAAAGAUCUGGUCUGCUGCAGCGCGACGAGUUCUUUACUCAGGCUGCGCAGCAUCACGGCUACGGAACUAUGGAGACGCAGGACCUCUCCGACUCGACCUUUGACUUCCUCCAGUCCGAAGCUGAGCGUUUGAAGGCCAAGGCGGAAGAAGAGGCACGCAAGAAGACAUGGCUGCUGAACGAGGAGACUCGUCGGUACAUCAUGGACCCUACCAUGUGGUGGCUCGCAGGCGGCUUCUUCCUGGUUACUGGCCCUGGUGAGGCUUUCAUCAACAACCUAGGCACCAUCAUCGAGACGCUUACGCCUGCGCAUGUCGCCACUAACACCUCGCCUGCCACCCACGUCUCCAUCGUCGCCAUCACCUCCACACUCGCUCGCUUAAUCACCGGCACACUCUCCGAUGUCCUCGCCCCGGUUUCGUCUGGCAACUCCCACCGUCGUGGACCAGACUCCAUCGCGAACUCGCUAUCGUCACUCCCAUCCCUCGAGCAGCCGCGCCGAUUCACCGUCUCUCGCAUAACCUUCCUCCUGGCUUUCGCUUUCAUCCUCUCCCUCGGACAACUUCUCCUCGCGAGUGGGUGGGUGCAGAACCAUGCCUCCCGUUUUGCCGCCGUCUCCGCACUCAUCGGUGCUGGGUAUGGAGCCGUCUUCUCUCUUACACCUAUCGUCGUCUCAGUAGUAUGGGGCGUGGAGAACUUCGGUACAAACUGGGGCAUUCUAGCCAUGACACCGGCUGCCGGUGCUACGCUCUGGGGUGCUGUCUACGCCACGGUGUAUCAGAAAGCUGCAGAGAAUGGUGAAGCGGGUGUUCAGAAGGAUCCCGAGGACGUGCUUUGCCAUGGAAAGGCUUGCUAUGCGUCUACGUUCUGGGCCAUGACCAUCAGCGUGUGGAUUGCCAUGGGUCUCAUCUUCUUCGCUUGGAGGGGCCCAGGCGGGUGGAAGCAGAGGGGUGUUGCUGUAUAA